CAGCUUGCAGUGCGACGGUCCGCCGGUGUGAUGCCGCUCGCUCAGUUUUAACCGCCGUGAUGUCACACCUCUCUGUGCUUCUGGACUCGGCUGAAGAAGAUGGCGGCCUCCUCAGGAGUUAAAGUUCCACGCAAUUUUCGCUUGUUGGAGGAGCUUGAAGAGGGCCAGAAGGGCGAAGGUGAUGGCACAGUCAGCUGGGGCCUUGAGGAUGACGAAGACAUGACUCUCACACGGUGGACAGGCAUGAUCAUUGGACCAGCAAGAACCAAUUACGAGAACAGGAUAUACAGUCUGAAAGUGGAAUGUGGACCUAGAUACCCAGAGACGGCGCCGACUGUUAGAUUUGUAACAAAAAUUAGCAUGAAUGGGAUUAAUAAUUCCAACGGGACGGUGGAUUCACGUAGCAUACCAAUAUUAGCAAAAUGGCAGAAUUCUUAUAGCAUUAAAAUUGUUCUUCAAGAGUUAAGGCGUCUAAUGAUGUCCAAAGAAAAUAUGAAGCUUCCACAACCACCAGAAGGACAAACCUACAGCACUUAAUCGUAAUGGAUUGUUUUGACCCUCUGUCUUAAACCUUACUCUAUUAGAAAUAUUGUGUAAAAUCAUCAAGAGGCUCACUUCGCACAUCAACAAAAUUGUCUACAAGAGCAAAAUUGGACUUUCUUAUUGCAUAGCUCAUUGAAAUGAAUAAUGUCCCUGCAGUUAAACACUGAAUAGAUAGUUAUGACUACAAGACCACAGUUAUCUGCCUUUAAUAAAGUUAGUUUGACAAUGA